AAGAUUGAGAACUAUACUUCUUAGGAUUAUAAUGUUAUACUGAUGGGAUAUGGAAAUAUAAUAGGAGAACGUGAAUAAUUAAACUGAAGGAGCACGUGAAUUGAUAAACUUCGUUUCGCGUGGGAAAUUAUAAACCACGUAGUUGAAUAACUCUCACUUAACCUAAAAAUAUUAGCAAUCAACAAGUUAUGUAUGUCGUCCUAUUGGACUCAAAUUCGAUUUGUAUUAACCAAUCGCCGGUAGGGAAAAGAUUUUGGAUUCAAAAAGAUGAAGUAUACAUGUAUUUCUAUAAAACGUAUAGUCAGCGAUAUAUGCAUCACUGAACACAUAACCUCAAUUUAGAGGUUACCUUGGAUUACUUCCACAUGUAAAGAGGUUUCCGGCGGAAUUCACGUUUCGUUAGGAUCUGGUCGCGUAAUUUAGCAGUAUGAUCCGAGUUUUCAGUCGAUUACAAAGAAACGCGCGUUCCGGCGAAUUCUCCAAAUUUUUCACGUGGCGGGAAACGUGCCUAUUCGAUUUCACUCUCAGAACGAUGUCGAGCAAGUCAACCGUCAGGAUCGGUACGCACGACGGGACUUUUCAUUGCGAUGAGGUCCUCGCCUGUGCGCUCCUGAAACUACUGCCACAGUACAAGGAUGCUUCUAUAGUGAGAUCUCGAAGUCAGAAUGUCUUGGAUACUUGCGAUAUCGUGGUGGACGUCGGUGGAGAGUAUGAUCCAUCAAAGCAUCGUUAUGACCAUCACAUGAGAGAAUUCCAAGAAUCGAUGAGUACCGUUAUGAAAAAACCAGGAUAUGAUUGGACAAUAAGACUAAGCAGUGCUGGACUGAUCUACUGCCAUUUCGGACAUGAGAUAUUAAGGAGUAUACUUUCAGAUAUAACAGAGGAUAGAAUCAUCGAUGAGAUCUUUAAGAAGAUUUACGACACUCUAAUCAAGGAAAUCGAUGGUAUAGAUAACGGCAUACCCAUGUAUGAUGCUGAGCCAUUAUAUCGAAUAGUUACUGAUUUAAGCGCGCGCGUAAGCAGACUGAAUUCUCAGUGGAACAGUCAGAAUGUGGAUAUCGAGAAACAAUUUGAGAAAGCUAUGGCUUUGGUUCUGGAAGAAUUUUUGGAAUUUGUACAAUACUCGAAAAACGUAUGGUUACCAGCAAGAGAUCUCGUGCGACGCGCUGUGGAGAGUCGAUUUGAAGUCGAUCCGAGCGGAGAGAUAAUAGUGUUGUCGCAAGCAGUACCAUGGAAGGAACAUUUGUUUCAACUGGAGAAGGAUAUGAACGUGUCGCCGUCAAUAAAGUAUGCCAUUUUUGAGGCUGAUAACGCUUAUCGGGUUCAAUGUAUGCCGGUAGCGUUAGGAAGUUUCGUGUGCAGGAUGUUUUUGCCGGCAGCGUGGGGCGGUUUGCGCGCUGAUGCCCUUGUGGAAGCCUGUGGAAUUGAAGGCGCCAUAUUCGUGCACUCGGUUCGGUUCAUCGGCGGUCAUAAAACCAAGGACGGCGCGGUGGCCAUGGCGCGGAAAGCGCUCGAAAUCGGGAAGGCCGAGUAAUGUGCAGAAUGACGGUGUCUGGACCAUUAAUCUUUUUUUAGAAUUUUUAUGAUGUGGUUAUUGAACAUUUUUUUAGAAAACAAUUUAAAUUAAUUUCCCCUCAACCGGCAAUGUGGGACUUUGAAGAAACAGUCGAUUUUUUAUAUGAAUUUUGGUAGAUAAAUUUAAAUCUGUAUAGUAUUUUUCACUGAAGAAACUAGUGCAGCACUGGGUGCAAUUGUAUCGUUCCACUAUGAAAAUCAGUUUACAUAUUUUCAGUGUUUAAUGUUCCACUGACAAAACUGGUGCAAA